CAGGUGCUCACAGAGGCUAUAAGCUGGGGCUGGGUGCCAAAGCCACAGCUCCUGUGGUCUGGAGAGGCCGCAGGCCGCCCGCUGGGCGCAUGGCGGGUAGAGCACUCCUUGCCCUACUGGGGCUGUGCGUGGGGUUGGUGGCCGGCGCCCAGGAUGGUGUGUGGCAGGGCUUCGACCUUCUCAAGUUUUCAGGCCUCUGGUACGAGAUCGCCGUUGCCUCCAAGACGGGCCCCCAGAGCCCGCCGCCCAGGAUGAAGACCGGGGCUGUGCUGGUGGAACUGGAGGGGAGCCGCCUGGCCCUGACGGCUGCAUACUACGAUGAGAACACCUGCGUGAAGGAGAAGGAUGGGGCCUCGCUGGGGGACGGUCUGGGCAAGUUCAAGGUCAUCAGAACAGCCAGUAAGCCUACGACCCCUCGCUGA